AAACCGAAGGAAAGAGAGACGUCACAGCUGUCAGCAAUGUGACAAAUCCUUUACAACAACUGGAAAUUUAAAGAGCCACCUGCUUAUUCACACAGGAGAAAAACCGUUCAGCUGUGAAGAGUGUGGGACAACUUUCGCUCAAUCAAGUCAUCUCAAAAGACAUCAACGUAUUCAUACAGGAGAAAAACCGUUCAGCUGUGAAGAGUGUGGGACAACUUUCGCUCGAUCAAGUCAUCUCAAAAGACAUCAACGUAUUCAUACAGGAGAAAAACCGUUCAGCUGUGAAGAGUGUGGGACAACUUUCGCUCGAUCAGGUCAUCUCAAAUCACAUCAACGUAUUCAUACAGGAGAAAAACCGUACAGCUGUGAAGAGUGUGGGAAAACUUUCGCUCAAUUAGGUGUUCUCAUAUCACAUCAACGUAUUCAUACAGGAGAAAAACCGUACAGCUGUGAAGAGUGUGGGAAAACUUUCACUACAUCAAGUGCUCUCAAAAUACAUCACCGUAUUCAUACAGAAGAAAAACCGUACAGCUGUGAAGAGUGUGGGAAAACUUUCACUACAUCAAGUGCUCUCAAAAUACAUCACCGUAUUCAUACUGGAGAAAAACCGUACUGGUGUGAAGAGUGUGGGACAACUUUCACUCAAUUAGGUGCUCUCAAAAUCCAUCAACGUAUUCACGCAGGAGAAAAACCAUAGUGGUGUGAAGAGUGUGGGAAGACGUUUUCUCAAAGUAUUCACCUUUAAAGUCCACGAGUGAAUGCACACUACAUUGUUUUGAAGAACUAUGAGAGCCAUGCCAGCUGUUUCCUCCUCCUGAUGUCCUGAGAGCUGUAGUUAUAUGUUAAGAGUCUUUCUGAAUUGAAGUCUCAUUGAAAUAAAGCUUAUUUCAUUCAAA